AUGGGGGGCUUGUUUAUUGUCCCGCUUCCCCUCGCCAUCCCUCUCAUCUUUCUCGUUGUUGUCCUCAUGCCUUUUAUUCCUGUCUCCUGGCCGGGUAUUAUUACUGUCCAGAUCUACCGUGGGAGACGAGACGGUAUAUCUCCAAGAGAGAUAUCGAGAAAGUGUCUAAAGGGAAUCGCAUGGAGCUAUGGUAUACCAUGCAUCACUAUCUUGGUGUUAUGGAUCAUGUGCAUCGUGCAAGUGGUGUUCGUGAUCUGGUGGGCGGUGGGACUGUGUCGGAGGGCAGGGGAUAUCAACGAGUGGAAGAGGUUGGGGAGGCAGAUGGUGGAUUUGCCGAGGGAGGUGCAGAACCUGUGGUUGAGGGUGCAGGUUUGGGGAGGGAUGAAGUUGAGGGAGAGGCCUGUGGUGGAAAAGGGGGGGGAGAAGAAAGAGGAGGAGCUGGAGGAGACAAAGCGGUAUACUUUUGAAAUGUUGGGCACACCCACUUCGGUGAGGCUGUUGACUAUUUUCCCCGAGGGGGAUUACAUGGCGCCGCUGAGGGGGGAGAUUAGGAGUGUGGAUCUGCGGACGAACCCGACGUACGAUGCGCUGUCGUAUACCUGGGCUGAUGAGGAGGGUGAGACUGCAAAGACGGGUCACAUCUCGCUGGUGUUCAAUGCGAAAAGGGGGAUAUACCGACAGCUUGGGAUAGGCCACAACUGUGAGCUGGCGAUGCGACGACUGCGGCGGAAGGGCAAAAGCAGGACGAUGUGGAUCGAUGCUGUGUGUAUCAACCAGGCUGAUCUUGAGGAAAGGAGUCAGCAGGUGAAGCUCAUGUCGAGGAUAUUUGUCUCGGCGAGACAGGUGGUGGUGUACACCGGUGAGGGAACGCCACAGACAGAUGGGCUGUACGACUGGCUCAAUGAUAUUGAUGCUGAGAAACUGGCGGUGCCAUCUGGGGGUCUGUUUAGUCCACAGUCGGCCCUUCAGUUUCUUCACCGGCCAGAAGGCGUCCUCGGCAAGCUGCAAAAGGUCAGCAACGACGUCGCCGUACGAAUGGAGGAGAUGGGUCGGCUGAUAAGAGGAUAUUCUGAAAGGGUGAAAAGGUUGCUGAGGGAGCUGCGGAUGGUCUACUCGAUGGGGGUAAUACCCAGGCGACCGCCGGAGCCGAGUGACUUGCACCGGGUUCUGAGAGAAUACUUUUCCAGACGGUGGUUCAAGAGAGUCUGGGUGCUGCAGGAGGCUUCCCUCCCAGAGAUGAAGAGGAUCCGAGUGUUGUGCGGUAAUCGAGAGACAGCUGGAGAGCGGGCUAUGCAUCUGUUGAGCAUGCUGAUGUCUCAAGGCCAAGGGGAUAUCGACGUGGGCAGGGUCUUUGUUUUGCUACGACAAAAGCCCGUUGCUAGCCAAGAAAGGAGCUCGCGAGGCUCGCAUCUGCUGGAUCUGCUGAUCGAGACAAGGGGCAGACAGUGUGAAGACCCGAGAGACAAGAUCUUUGGGGUUCUCAAUAUUGCUCACUGGCUGGAUGGAUUGGGAGCUGGUCGAGAAGAGUUGGACAAGGUCAGCUAUUUCACGCCUGUGGCGCAAGUGUACGCAGGAUACUCAGCCCUUCUUAUCCGGCGACACGGACCUGGGUUCUUUUUGUCACUGAUCAAGUCUUCACCAGCCAUCAAGGGCUUGCCGUCCUGGGCUGCAGACUGGACUGUGCCUUGGCCCAACUCAAAGGCCUUGCAAGGUGCUGCUGACUUUCCUGCCCGAUCGAGAUAUUCUUCUCAAAAGGACAAGGCCCUAGAGUUCGACCCCAAGAACAAGGUCAUGAAAAUUAUGAGACCGAGGAUAGUAAGGGGCUUCUUUGCCUGGACCGGACAGGGAGAUGGCGAGGAUACGAUUCAGACGGUGGAGGUCAAGCGGUUGGACCGAGAGGAGGUUUUGGUCGAGAUUUACCCUGGGCUGGCCAUGUUGUUGAGGCAACAUGGUGAAGACUGGGCAUUUGUCAAAGUAUGUCCACACGCGUUGGAUAAGGUGGGGGUGGAGAGGCUGGUGGCUAGCUGGAGCAGGACGGUGGUCUAUCAGGAGAAUCCAGCCAGGAUACAAGAGGUGGAUGAGGAGGUUGGAAGUAUCAGGUCGCGGUCCCCCAGGGGCUAUCUUGGGAAGACUAGAGUGUGGAGGAUUGUAUGA